CUUUGCUUAUAACUUUCAGAUCAAUGAACAAGAAAAUCAGUUCCAUUGUCGACACUUCUUUCUGUGAGUCCGCUUACACGUCAAGAAGAGACUACGUGGCACUCAAUUAACUCACCCUCCGUACAAUGCAGCAGGUACUGUAUUCUGCGUUGCUAUGGGCGUGCCUUUGGAAUGGCGUCAGGAGUUCGCCGAUCUACGCCACAGAAGUGACGCCGGCCUCCAAAUGCGUGUACUGGUGCAAGACGCCAGAUUUCAAGUUUUACUGUUGCGAUAAUGACGGCGAGACAUUCGAUCCGGAAGAGCUUGAGCACGAUGGCCAGUGUCCCCAGGUACGAAGGGAAUGCCCCGGGAAGUACAAGAAUCUUCCCAGUAUAUUGCCAGACUUCGAUGAUAAUGGGGUGCCUUAUCCUGAUAACCCCAAGUUUUGCGCCCACGACAGUGCCUGCAACGCCUGGGAGAAGUGUUGCUAUGACCACUGCUUCGAACGCCACGUCUGCAAGUUUGCGUAUAGCUCUGGCACAAAUAUAGAGUAUUCGGAGAAUCCAUUCCGGGAAGGAGAUAUUUUCCAAGAAACAACGUAUCUGUCGUGAUAAAAUCAUGACUUAUUUUUUACCGGUAUAUUUUUUGUUCGUCAUAACAGUAUCAGAAA